AUGGUGAACUGGCGGUUCUCACGAGGAACAGAGGAACAAAUGGAGGCCUUCAUGGCUGGUUUUUCCGAUGUCUUUCCGCUUCAAUGGCUGCAGUACUUUGAUGAACGUGAAUUAGAGUUGGAUCAACAUGGACUGAUGUAUAUUGAAGUGAUUGAUCUAGCUCAAAGUAGGUGGAAACUUGGCGGUUCAUCUCUCUCCCCUAAGUCUUGCGCCCUUUAA